AUGCGUUUCACCUCACUCGUCACCCUCCUCCCUGCUCUGGCUUUGGCCCAGGAGCAGGUUCCUCUCGCAGACCGCGUGCAGGGAUGGUUCAACCAGGUCAAGUCCUAUGUGCCCACAGCAGCCCCGGUUGCCCCGAUCGAGAAGCUCGCCGAGCAGGUUACCGAGAAGAGCGUCACCCACGUGUCCCUGGACAACUGGCAAUCCAUCCUUUCCCCGGGACCCCAGGCAGAGGACUGGCUGAUCUUUAUCACUGGUGGCAACAAGACCUGCUUCGGUCGCUGUGGAACUGCCGAUAAGGCAUUCAAGGAAUCCGUUCUGCUGUUCUCUGCCGACCCCACCUCGCCUCACCUUGGAUACUUGGACUGUGAGGCCAACCAGGUCCUGUGUGCCGCCUGGUCCGCCAGCGCUCCUUCCGUCCAGUACUACCAGAUCCCCCAGGAGCCUGCUGUUGGCCAGGAGCGUGCCCCGACUCCUCUCCACAACAUCUACCUAAACUCCACCACCGUCACCCCCGCGACCAUCUACGAGAUCCACGCCAAGAAGACCUACGAGAAGAUUCCCGCCUAUGAGGGUGCUCUCCACCCCGUUGACGGCUGGGUCGCUAAGUACCAGCUCAGCAUUCCCAUGGGCUACGUUAUUUGGGGUCUCGGUGCUGUCCCCAGCUGGAUGUUCAUGAUUGGCAUCAGUUUCUUCAGCCGUACCAUGAUGAACCGUCGCGUGCCUACUGGAGGCGCUCCACGUGCUGCCGCCCCCGCUGGUAGCGCAAACUAA